AUGUGUCGUAAUUGCGGUAGGAGGCAUCACACGUUGCUUCAUCCGUCAAACGCUUCAGCGAACAGUGGAAAUGAAAAACAAAAGUCGAGACGACCCCCAACUGACAAUAAUCAGCAGACGUUGCAAACUCCGACUCAGAACACAGCCACACCCACACCCACAAACACAAAUACACCAUCCACCAUCAACUUAACAGUUGUCAAUCCACAUUCGCAUAGCACUCACCCAAGGCCUGCCACUGGUCAACCGUUCUCCACCAAGCACACAGUCACACUUCAAGCCUCCAAUAAGUCAAUUACACGUCAAGUGCUGCUAUCAACUGCGCUUGUGCGUGUUAGCGAUGCGUAUGGAAACACGAUUUUGGCCAGAGCAUUGCUCGAUUCGUGCUCCCAAUAUUGUUUUGUAACUACUAGCUUCUGUCGGAAGCUCAAAUUGAAGGAGUUUUCUGACUACCUGUCUAUCCAAGGAAUUGGAGGAUCGGGAGGUGUGUCUAAGCAAGCUGUGCGUGCAACGAUCAAUCCACGAUUAAACGAAAUCUCUAAGUUCCAGGAGGACAUACGAUUCAAUGUUCUUUCAAAACUAACCGUACCAUUGCCAUGCGAAGAUUUCGAAAUCUAUCAGUGGAAUGUACCGAACGAAAUCAUUUUGGCUGAUCCGGAUUUCAACAAAGCAGCAGAAAUCGACGUGAUAAUCGGUGCAGAGUACUAUCUCGAUCUGUUAUUGGACGGAAAAAGGAAACUCUGGGAACAAGGACCUACGCUACAAAAUACUGUUUUCGGAUGGAUCGUUUCCGGUCGACUUACCGAUUCGACAUCUGCUUUGUCAACAGCAGCUGUAUAUCUGUGUUCGACUACAGCUCUCCAGGACCAAGUGACCAAAUUUUGGGAAUUGGAAUCCUGUCAAGUGAAAAGUACAUAUUCAAUCGAAGAAACACGGUGUAAGGAAAUCUUUGAACAAACGACUACAAGAGACGAUACAGGGCGUUUCGUAGUGACCCUGCCGAAAAAAGAUUAUGUCAUCCAAAAGCUGGGUGACUCUAAAGCUUCAGCACUUCGACGCUUCAUGAGUUUGGAGAGGCGGUUCGCAACGAAUCCUGAAAUGAAGACCCUGCACUGUGAGUUUAUUCGGGAGUACCAGUACAUGGGUCAUAUGCGAAAGGUUGACGAUCAAGCCGUGGCACUCGGACCAGUUUAUUAUUUGCCACACCAUGCCGUAUUAAAACCGGACAGCACGACGACUAAAUUACGUGUCGUUUUCGACGCCUCUUCUCAGACAUCCACUGGAAUCACACUCAAUGACGGUUUAAUGGUUGGUCCCGUUGUCCAAGAUGACCUGAUGUCAAUCAUAAUUCGUUUCCGGAUGCAUCGUUUGGCACUCGUAGCUGACAUAGCCAAGAUGUAUCGCAUGAUUAAUGUGCAACGAUCUGAUCAAGGAUUGCAACGCAUCAUCUGGAGAGAAUCAGAAAAUGAUCCAAUUCAAACAUUUGAAUUAACAACCGUUAUGUACGGGACCUCAGCAGCACCAUACCUUGCCACUCGCUGUUUGCAAAGGCUGGCAGAGGACGGAGACAAAUCGCAUCCUAUAGCUGCUAAGGUUCUUAAAAAGGAUUUUUAUGUGGAUGACAUGAUCACCGGUGUUAGUAGCGUGAAGGAAGGAAGGAGCUUGAUAAGGGAAAUGAACAACUUGCUAGACAGCGCUGGAUUUAUUCUUCGAAAAUGGAAUUCGAAUUGUCAAGAAAUCUUAGCAGAUCUUCCAGCUGGCCUCCGAGAUCAUAGAGAUAUUCUCGAAUUAGAUUCAUCCACAUCCACUGUAAAAACUUUGGGGCUUGUGUGGGAACCAUGCACAGACUGUUUCCGCUUCGAAGUUCCGAGGUGGAACACAUCGGCCAUCGUUACCAAACGAGUUAUUUUGUCCGACGCAUCUAAACUCUUCGAUCCGCUUGGACUUGUCGGUCCUGUUACAGUUCAAGCCAAAAUAUUUAUCCAAACGCUGUGGAAGCUAAAUUGCAAAUGGGAUGAACCACUUAUGAAGGAAUUCCAAGACUUUUGGCAAGAAUAUAGGCGAAACCUGAUCACUCUCGAUUCUCUGACUGUGCCGCGAUGGGUUGGACCAUGCCAAGAUUGUGUAAGUGUCGAACUGCACGGCUUUUGUGAUGCCUCGGAAAGGGCGUAUGGAGCAUGCCUUUACCUUCGUUGCGUCUCAUCCGACGGAUCUGUUGCAGUACGCCUGCUAAUGUCAAAGUCAAGAGUCGCUCCACUUGAUGAACCAAAGCGAAACAAACGUAAGCAAUCAAUACCUCGACUGGAACUGUCAUCGGCGCUGUUACUCAGUCAUCUAUUCCAAAGGUUCAGAAGCAACAUCCCAACUACUACGAUGCCACAUUUCUGGACAGAUUCCAAAAUUGUCCAGUGCUGGUUAGCUUCGUCGCCAUCACGUUGGCAAGCCUUCGUUGGGAACACGGUGUCUGAAAUACAACAUAUCACAAGAUGCGGCGUUUGGCAUCAUGUACCUGGUGCUGAAAACCCAGCAGAUAUUUUAUCCCGUGGAAUGACUCCAGCUCCAGUAUCAGGCAAUCUGGUUCGAUGGUCCGCUAUGGAUGCGUCAAGAAACUCCUACGUGGCCUGUGAACGAUGA